GGUCUUAGAGGAUCAGCAGCUCCUGAGAUAAGCAGGAUGCUGCGGCUAAGUGUGUCUGGGCUGGACCUGGGCUCUGUGGUGACCUUGUCAUGGCAUCUUCUGCUGCUUGGAGCGGCAUCUUGGAUUUUGGCCAGAAUCCUUGCCUGGACUUACUCAUUCUGUGAGAACUGCUCCCGCCUCAGAUGUUUCCCUCAGCCUCCUAAAAGAAACUGGUUUUUGGGUCACUUGGGCAUGAUUGAGCACAAUGAGGAAGGCAUGCAGCUGAUGACUGAAGCAGGCCAGACUUACCGAGAUGUCCAUCUCUGUUGGCUGGGACCAGUGAUCCCUGUGCUGAGGAUUGUUGACCCUGCAUUUGUUGCCCCCCUGCUCCUGGCCUCAGCUUUGGUGGCCCCAAAGGACACGACUUUCCAUACCUUUGUGAAGCCCUGGCUGGGGGAUGGGCUCUUCCUGAAUUCAGGUGACAAGUGGAGCCGCCAUCGCCGUCUGCUGACACCUGCCUUCCACUUUGACAUCCUGAAGCCCUAUGUGAAGAUAUUUAACCAGAGUGUGAACAUCAUGCACGCCAAGUGGAAGCACCUAUCCUCGGAAGGCAGUGCACGUCUGGAAAUGUUUGAGCACAUCAGCCUCAUGACCUUGGACAGUCUGCAGAAAUGCCUCUUUGGCUUUGACAGCAACUGUCAGGAGUCUCCCAGUGAAUACAUUUCUGCCAUCUUGGAACUCAGCUCCCUCGUAAUAAAAAGGUCACAUCAGCUCUUCUUGUUCGUGGACUUCCUGUAUUACCACACUGCUGAUGGGCGGCGCUUCCGCAAGGCCUGUGACCUGGUGCACAACUUCACAGAUGCUGUCAUUAGGGAGAGACGGCACACUCUCUCCAGCCAAAACCAUGAUGAGUUCUUGAAGUCCAAGACUAAGUCUAAGACUCUGGACUUCAUUGACGUUCUCUUGUUGGCCAAGGAUGAACAUGGAAAGGAGCUGUCAGAUGAGGACAUCCGGGCAGAGGCUGACACCUUUAUGUUUGGAGGCCAUGACACGACAGCCAGUGCACUCUCCUGGAUCCUGUACAACCUGGCGAGGCACCCCGAAUACCAGGAGCGCUGCCGGCAGGAGGUUCAGGAGCUGCUGAGGGGCCGAGAGCCCCAGGAGAUUGAAUGGGACGACCUGGCCCAGCUACCCUUCCUGACCAUGUGCAUCAAGGAGAGUCUGCGGCUGCAUCCCCCAGUCAUAGAUCUCCUCCGCCGCUGCACCCGGGACAUUGUGCUACCUGAUGGCCGGGUCAUCCCUAAAGGGAACAUCUGUGUCAUCAGCAUCUUUGGUAUUCAUCACAAUCCAUCAGUCUGGCCAGACCCUGAGGUCUAUGACCCCUUCCGCUUUGACCCAGAAAACGCACACAAGAGGCCUCCUCUGGCUUUUAUUCCCUUUUCUGCCGGGCCCAGGAACUGCAUAGGACAGACUUUCGCUAUGAAUGAGAUGAUGGUGGCACUGGCGUUGACUCUGCUGCGCUUCCGCAUCCUGCCGGAUGACAAGGAGCCGCGCCGGAAGCCAGAGAUAAUCCUGCGGGCGGAGGGCGGGUUGUGGCUGCGGGUGGAGCCGCUGAGCACAGUGCUGAAGGACUCCAAACCUGACCUUGAGGCUUCUUUACCCCACCCUCCAAUUGUUCUCUCCGGUUCUCAGAAUUAGCUUGGCUCCACAGAACGCCAGCAGGGGGCGCUAGAGGGCCACAGAAUCAGCCGUGGUCUCUGAAGAGAAUGGGUUGGUGUCUUUGAGGCAAAGUACCUGUUUGCUGAUUUAGCCCAGCAAGGCUUUCACGCUGAGAGUUCUUUUCCAGUCGAAGCUUGGACUUCAUCCUGUUAAAGUCACUGUAGAUUUUGGAGCAGAUUAGGAGAGGGAGUCGAGUUUCUGGCAUGCUUGGCACUCUUUAGUCACUGAAACAAAGCCUAAUCGCACUCUUUCCACUUUCUUCUGCCUUCUCUUCCUCUUCGUUAUAUUUGAAGCGCUCUUCCAGUGUUUUGGCUUCUUAGAGCUGCACUUACAGCAGUGGGCUGCCACAGUACCCCUGGGGGGUGGGGGUGGGGUUGUUUAUAAAGUUUGACUAAAAUGGUUUCUCAGAAAGGUCUGUCUUGGCACCUUUGAGAAGGAUGUUAAAUGACAUUCUGGGCUUGUGAUUCCCAAGGUCCUAAGGCAUCUUAAAGUAAACAAAGUCCCAGAAUCCUUCAUUAACUUAUGUCCUGGGUCGUGUUCACUGAGACUCCCACUUAGUUCACAGGAAUCUUCUAAUUUUCCUUUCUAGUAGCACCUCUGGGCUUUGAUCCCUUCACCCUCUCACGAACCCAUUAAAAACAGUGUCAGGUGGACGCUGUGACUCAACCCUGAGAUCCAGUCCCUGUGACAGGGGGAUCGUGAGUUGGAGACUAUCUUGGAAUACAUAGAAAGUCCUGGCAGGCCUUGCCUUCCCCCACUCCCUCCGCCUUGCUAAACUGUUAGACUACAUUCCUAAAGCGAGCCACCAAGAUCUAUUCCCUUACUUGGUCACUUCCUCCUCUUGAGGCUGACUACCAAAGUGCAGCUAUCACACUAUUGAAGUACAGCAAUCAAAAGCCCUCUUUGUUUCCUCUAAUUAGCAUGUCUAAUUAAACACUCCAUCC